AUGGACUCUACUGUGCCAGUGGUGGCUCGCAUUGCCUAUCUAACCUCAGAUGUCGUCGUAGACUCUCUCCCGCCUCCUCCCGUAAUUUCCCAAUUCGCACAAAAGUAUAACACCUUGUCAAGGUCCUCAACACAUAAAGCUAGGGUCAUCUCUUCCCCCUUUGGUGCCGACUCAGCCUCCACGCUGCUUCGCUAUACUGCCAACCUCACUUCUUUCACCGCAUCUGCUACCUCCCAGGUGUUGACACGUCUGGUUCUGCAGCUUGGGGAAAUUUCCACAUUACCAAUCGCUCUACACCUUGCCGUUCAGGAUGAUCUUUCGGACGUGCUGCUACUCCGGUCCGCCGUCCCGUUCUUCCUUCUUUCCACCACCGCACAGCAAGCCCACGACAAUGCCUUGCUUGCCGCUCGACUCGCCCGGCUUGAAAGGAAGGCCGUAGUCCAUGCUUUCUACAAUUAUGUGCCUCUGGAGACUCCUGACGAGGUUCCGGAGGAAAAAAUCUACUCUUUUCUCGUUGCGGGAAAACGUCCGACCACUCCCCGAGCCGCGAACGGACAUGUGACGCCUCCUCACGGACAAGCCAAUGGUCAUUACACGAAUGGUCAUUCUACGAACGGGCACAUACAGGUGCAUGCCUCCUCUGAAGCUACCGAACUUUUCAAGCACUACGAAUCUGCUGCCUUAGAGACACUAUCUUUGGUUAGACGCCCUCUGCGACCUUGGACUAUUCGAGGAUCGUCAGAACCUGACACCAUCUUCCUCAUCCUCGGAAAGGCGGAUUUGCCCUCCGACAUCGAAGGUGUAUCCUUUAUUUCUUUGUCUCUUGUCAACCCCAUCCCAUAUUCUCGCCUUCUGCAUGAUAUUCCCCCGUCGGUGACCCGUGUCGUUGUUCUGGAGCAAGUAUACAGAUGGCACAGUAAAUGGACACCAUUGUAUCUCGACGUCGUCACUGCGCUCCAGGAAAGGCAAGAUGUUGCAGUUCAAAGCGCCAUUCUCGGUGAUUCUUCUCAGAUUCAAACACCGGACGUCAUCAAGUUCAUUCGGUCUUGCAACGACUUGCCGUCUUCGCCAUUAGCACUUGGUCCCAUUCCGAAGAUUAUUUCCAUCACAGAUACCCUUCCACAUGUCCCCAAACACGAGGCUGCCUACACCAAAAUUCUUGCGCAUCUGUUCAACGAACGUUUAGAAAUCGCCAACUCACCGCACCUCGUGGCAUCCCAGGGUGAGAUUGCUACUACCCCUGAGUACGCGUUGGGACGCGUCAGGGGACAAUUGGAUUCAAGGUCAGCUCUUUUCGAUAGUGUCCAGGAAUUGCUUCAAGAGGGGGGGUUAGAUGAAGACCUUCAUUCGUUACUGAGCAAGUGGGCCUUGUCCAAGGACGACGCUAUCAAGAGCAGGUCCUUGGGUAAGGAGAUUAUUGACAGCCUCGAGUCAAAACCUCUGGACCAUCCUGCGGCUAACCGCAUUCUGGCUCUUCGAGAGUUCCUUCCAUCUCGUUCAAGGUGGAUCAUCGGUUCAGAUGCUUGGUCUUACGAUUUAGGUUCUUCAGGUCUACACCACGCUAUUGCUUCUGGUCUCAAUGUCAACAUUUUGAUACUCGACACCCUCCCUUAUUCCUCACGAAACAAUCUCGAUCCUCACCGUCGCAAACAUGAUGUUGGCCUGUAUGCUAUGAACCAUGGUGAUGUCUUCGUUGCGAGUGUCGCUGUCUUUUCUUCCUACGCACAGGUACUUCAAGCCUUUGCUGAGGCAGAUCGAUUCAACGGACCUAGCGUUGUUCUUGCAUACCUACCUUAUCAGUCCGAGGACGUGUCUGCUCUCGAGAUCCUGAAGGAAACUAAGCUGGCUGUCGACACCGGAUACUGGCCGUUGUAUAGAUGGGAUCCCAGCAAGGAGCAAGCUGGAAAGGAGCCUUUCUCUCUGGAUUCUGACGCCAUCAAGAACGACCUCAAAGCAUUCCUUGACCGUCAGAAUCACCUUUCCCAGCUCGUUCGUUCGACACCUCAGAUGGCUGCUGACAUUGUUAGCAGUCUUGGCGAGACUGUCAGGGAGGCACGCAAGAAGCGCGCUGAGGAGGCCUACAACACUCUUCUCAACGCCCUCGACUCUCCUCCCCUUCUCAUCCUCUACGCCUCUGAUGGUGGUGCGGCUGAGAAAAAGGCCAAGCGACUUGCCAACAGAGCCAAAGCCCGUGGAUUGUCGACGACCAUUGCCACCCUGGAUACGUACACCCUGGACACCCUCGCAGAAGAAGAACACGUCGUCUUUGUUACUUCGACUGCUGGACAAGGAGAGCCUCCGCAGAACGGACGAACAUUCUUCAAGGCUUUGAACGCCGCUGCUCUUGCUGGCAGUCAGCUUCUGAGCAAGGUUCGCUAUUCCGUAUUUGCUAUGGGCGACAGCCAUUACUGGCCUCGUCCCGAGGACGCCCACUACUACAACAAGCCGGGCAAGGAUUUAGACUCGCGUCUCGAGAAGCUUGGUGCCGAGCGUAUUGUCAAUAUUGGUCUUGGGGACGACCAGGAUGCGGACGGGUCUGAGACGGGAUACAAGGUCUGGGAACCUCUUCUCUGGAAGGCAUUGGGCGUCGAUUCUAUCGAGGUUACCGAAGCGGAGCCAGAACCUAUCACCAAUGAGCACAUCAAGGCUGCUUCUGGGUACCUCCGUGGCACCAUCGCAGAGGGACUGGAGGACUUCAGCACCGGCGCAUUGGCCCCCAGUGAUGGUCAGCUUACCAAGUUCCAUGGUAUCUAUCAACAAGAUGACAGGGAUAUCCGCGAAGAGCGCGAGGCGCAAGGUGUUGAGCCCGCAUACAGCUUUAUGAUCCGCGUCAGAAUGCCCGGAGGAGUCUGCAAGCCUCACCAAUGGUUACAAAUGGACCAGAUAGCAGAUGAGCAUGGCUGUGGUACAUUCAAGAUCACUACCCGCUCGACCUUCCAAUUCCACGGUGUCAUCAAGCGGCACUUGAAGCCUGCCAUCCAGGACAUCAAUCGCGUCCUCUUGGACACUCUCGCAGCAUGUGGUGACGUCAACAGAAAUGUCAUCUGUUCAUCCAUCCCCACCAUGUCGAAAUUACAUGCACAGGUCUACGAGUUUUCUAAAGAAGUCAGCGAGCACCUCAUCCCUAGAACGACUGCUUACCACGAGAUCUGGUUGGAUAAGAAGCUUGUGGCUGGUGAGGCUUUGAAAGACUUCGAACCUCUGUAUGGGGAAUUCUACCUGCCCCGCAAGUUUAAAAUCGCUGUUGCUGUACCGCCUACCAACGAUGUAGAUGUCUUUGCAAACGAUCUUGGAUUCAUUGCUAUUGUCGGCGAUGACGGCGAGUUGCAAGGCUUCAAUGUUUCUAUUGGCGGCGGAAUGGGUGUCACUCACGGAAAUAAGAAAACGUACCCCCGUGCCGGUAGUAUCAUUGGUUUCUGCACACCUGAACAGGGGAAAUAUGUCGCAGAGAAGGUCAUGCUCGUUCAAAGAGAUAACGGAAACCGCACUGAUCGCAAGAAUGCUCGCUUGAAAUACACAAUUGACCGUAUGGGUCUCGAUGUGUACAAAGCUGAAGUAGAGAAACUUCUUGGAUAUAAUCUCCAGCCUGAGCGACCAUAUACAUUCGACCGUAACGUCGAUGAUUUCGGUUGGCACACUGGCUCAGACGGAAAGCACCACUUCACUGUCUUUAUUGAAAACGGCCGAAUUCAGGACGAACCUGGACGUGACUUCAAGACCGGUCUUCGUGAAAUCGCAAAAGUGCACAAGGGCACCUUCAGGCUGACAGCUAAUCAGCAUCUACUAGUGUCCGACGUCGCCGACGAGGAUUUGGAACAGAUCAAAGAGCUCCUGAGGAAGUACAAGUUGGAUAAUCUUGAUUUCUCCGGACUGCGCUUGUCGAGUUCCGCCUGCGUAGCGUUCCCCACAUGUGGAUUGGCCAUGGCUGAGUCAGAGAGGUACCUUCCUGUCCUGAUCGACAAGGUCGAAAAAAUCUGCGAAGAAAAUGGCCUCAGAAACGACUCUAUCGUUAUGAGAAUGACUGGUUGUCCCAACGGAUGCGCUCGUCCCUACCUAGCUGAAAUCGCCUUUGUCGGCAAAGCACCUGGAAACUACGCUAUGUUGCUUGGUGGGGGCUAUUAUGGCCAACGCCUGAAUAAAAUCUACCGAGAAUCUGUAACGGAGCCCGAGAUUUUGGCUAUCUUGAGACCGAUGAUCAAACGCUACGCACUUGAACGACUGGAUGGGGAACGAUUUGGUGAUUUCACUAUCCGUGCUGGGUACAUAGCGCCGACAACGGAGGGUCGCCUCUGGUAUGAAAAUGCGGGCGGUGAAGGCCUUAACAGAGAAGGUGCCACAGUGGUUGUUGCUGCUGCGUAG